GGCGCAGGCGGCGUGACAACACCGCAAGCCGACUUGCUCGCGAGUAAGAGCAACUACGAACUGAUUUCCAGCGGUCAGCAUCUAGAAAUGGGUCUACACUUCAGCACCGCUAUGGCGACGGGGGUGAUGAUGAAGCGCGCCACACACCGGGCGGCAGAGCAGGCGCGGCGGGACCGUAUGAAGACCGCCAUGGUGGACUUGGCUGAGUUCCUGCUCGAUGGCGAGGUCACGUUUGGCACCGGCACGACGUGUUUUGUGGUCAUGCGGGGCGAGCCGAAGGAGGGCGAGGUGCAGAGUGUUGAAGGGAGUGGGAAGGGGCGACCGGGGGAGAAGAAGACGGUUAAUAAGGCGAGGUUGAUUGAGAUCGCCCUCGAGAAGAUGAAGGCUCAGGAACUGGAGAUUGAGCGUUUGAGAAAGGAGGUCGAGGAGCUGAGG